AUGGUUAGGCUUGCCUCUGGUGUAUCAGCUGCGGAGAAGCAACGUCGUAUUCUGGCCUACAUUCAAGCAUCACGAACAUGCUACACUCUCAAGGACUUGGAAAAAACACUCCCACCAGUAGCAUCAAUCAAUGGCAUGCAAGUCAAAGAGCAUAUUCAAGCAUUGAUUGACGAAGGCCAGCUCCAUGUGGAAAAAAUUGGCAGUGGAAACUGGUACUGGGCGUGGGGUGGUGAAGAGAAGAAAGCCCGUGAGAAAACAAUAGAUGCCUUGGACAAGGAGGUAGAGAAAUUUCUGAAGUCAACUGGAGAACUGGAAAGCAAAAUCCUGGCGCUUAAGGAAGAACAGCGUCUUGAUGAGGCAAGAAACCAGGAUGGGACUCGGGAAAGUAAUGAGAGGGAAAGAGUCGCGUGGAUGAAGAAGAAAGACGAGCUAGACACUGAACUCGCGCGUCUGGAGAACGACAUCAAGAAAAGAUCUGAGGGGGAUGGGUCAGGUUCCAUUGUGCAAAAGGAGGCAGAUAUCGCAAGAUGGAAGCAGGAAGCACAGGUGUGGACGGAUAACAUCUAUAUUCUGGAGGAAUAUUCGAAAAUGUUAACGAAUGGAGAUAGGGAAGUUUUGGAUGCAGUGAGGAGGGAAUGCUAUGGUCUUGCGUACGUUGAGGGAGAAGGGUUAGCAGAUCUAGAUUUCUGA